AUGGCUUCAGCUGGGGGCCGUCGGUGGCAGCAGUUCUUGCAAGAGCUGGUGAUGAUCGCCGGCACAUCAGCCUCCGCGUACUUUUUGAUCCGUCAUCUUCUGUCGCGCCUUGACUUCGACCCCGAGAGCCAGAAGAAAGAAGAACAACGGCGCAAGUCAGCAGCUGUUCUGCGACGACUGGAUGGCGGAGAUGAUUCAGAAGAGGACUCAGCAAGAGUGGGAGAAUCCAAACGAGGACGCAGACAACGCCGAGGAGAGCUUACUCUGAACCAAUACGAACAAGCCAUCGCCAUGGAUGUUGUUGCGCCGGAAGAUAUCCCUGUAACAUUUGAGCAUAUUGGAGGCCUGGACGAUAUAAUCGAGGAGCUGAAAGAAUCUGUGAUAUAUCCGUUGACCAUGCCUCACCUCUACGCCUCGACUUCGUCUCUAUUGACCGCACCGUCGGGCGUCCUGUUGUACGGCCCACCUGGCUGCGGGAAGACCAUGCUUGCCAAAGCGCUGGCGCACGAGAGCGGGGCCUGCUUCAUCAACUUGCACAUCUCAACUUUGACGGAAAAGUGGUACGGCGACUCGAAUAAACUUGUCAAUGCGGUCUUUUCCUUGGCGCGCAAGUUACAACCCUCCAUCGUCUUCAUCGAUGAAAUCGACGCUGUGCUCGGAACCCGGAGAAGUGGCGAACACGAGGCUAGCGGAAUGGUCAAGGCGGAGUUUAUGACACACUGGGAUGGUCUUACUUCAUCGAAUUCGAUGGGGGAGCCCCAGCGCGUUGUUGUCCUCGGGGCGACCAACCGGAUCCAGGAUAUCGACGAGGCAAUUCUCCGUCGCAUGCCCAAGAAGUUCCCAGUCACUCUCCCUCCGACUGCGCAGCGACUCCGCAUCCUCAGUCUCAUUCUCAAGGACACUAAGGUCGACCGCGAAAAUUUCGAUCUGCAUUACCUGGUCAAGACCAUGGCUGGCAUGUCCGGUAGUGACAUUAAGGAGGCCUGUCGAGAUGCGGCUAUGGUUCCUGUACGGGAACACAUUCGACAAAUGAAGGCCAAUAGCCAGCAAAUGACCACGGUAGACCCCUACGAAGUCCGUGGUGUUCGAACGGAAGAUUUCUUCUCUCGCGCUGGUGGAGUCAAGGUCAUUCCACAGCCCACUUCAUUACCAGCCGCAACUCCCAAGGCCAGCGCUGAGAAAGAUGAAGGCGAGUGGAGCACUGAGUCUGAAGCUGCCUCGGACGUUGAGGCCCGGCCCUCUAUGAUAUCUGAACCACCAGAGUGA